AUGCCGCUCGCCCUUGCCAACAGUGCCAAGAUGAACGCAAUCGAUGCAUAUGCUGAGGUAGUCAAUGCUGAAGCGGCAGCAUCCCGCCGAAUAGUCGUUGAUGGAGAUGAUGCUCCAACAGCAGCAUGGAGCAUGGAUCUAGACACCACGAGUAUGUUGAAGAAAGGAUCAGGGGACAAAGAUCCUCGAGAGGGAAUCAUUGAUAUACGAGAAUUUGACGUUCCUUACUAUCUUCGUGUCGCAAUUGACAACGAGACCACUAAAGCUCCUCUGAAAUUCCCUGAUCAAGCGGUAGAUCAAGUGAUGAUGAUAUCCUAUAUGAUCGAUGGCCAAGGUUACCUCAUCGUUAACCGGGAUAUCGUAUCAGAGGAUAUUGACGAUUUCGAAUACACUCCCAAAGAAGGCUAUGAAGGUCCUUUUACCUGUUUCAAUGAAGCGGAUGAAGAGGCUACUAUUCGACGCUUUUUCGAAAAUAUACAAUCAGCGAAACCGACAGUGAUGGCGACCUUUAACGGGGACUCGUUUGACUUUCCAUUCCUCGCUGCCAGAGCCCGAGUGCAUGGUAUAGAUAUGUUCCUUGAAACAGGAUUCUCCAAGGAUUCGGAAGACGAAUUCAAAAGCCGAAACUGUAUCCAUAUGGACUGCUUUCGCUGGGUCAAAAGGGAUUCAUACCUACCACAGGGCAGUCAAGGUCUGAAAGCAGUAACCAAGGCAAAACUGGGCUAUAAUCCUGUUGAGCUGGACCCAGAACUUAUGACACCGUACGCGAUGGAGCAUCCUCACGAACUGGCCCAAUAUUCCGUUUCUGAUGCUGUCGCGACCUAUUAUCUAUACAUGAAAUAUGUACACCCGUUCAUCUUCUCACUUUGCAACAUUAUUCCUCUCAAUCCGGAUGAAGUUCUCCGCAAAGGGAGUGGGACGCUUUGUGAAACCCUCCUGAUGGUGGAAGCAUAUAGCGCACACAUAAUCAUGCCCAAUCGACACGAGGAAGACUUUGGCAACAUGUUCGAGGGACACCUAUUGGCGACAGAAACGUAUGUUGGAGGCCAUGUCGAAGCACUAGAGGCGG